AGGUUUUAUUGUGACAGAAAAUGGCUUUAGUAGGACUCCUUUGUCUCUGCCUUCUGGCAUCCUUGGUUGGCAGCUAUCCUUUGACGGAUAUGAGUUUGAAAUCUGAUGGACCAAUAUUCCCACCAGUCAGUAGUGGGAUACCAACUGCAGAAGAUGUCAGUAUUGGGAUACCAACUGCAAAAGAUGUCAGUAUUGGGAUACCAACUGCUGAAGAUGUCAGUAUUGGGAUACCAACUGCAGAAGAUGUCAGUAUUGGGAUACCAACUGCUGAAGAUGUCAGUAUUGGGAUACCAACUGCAGAAGAUGUCAGUAUUGGGAUACCAACUGCUGAAGAUAUGAAGGAACAUAAGGCAGACACAAGGAUUGUCGCAAUUGCUCCUCGAUCGCUUUUUGGACUUGGAAUUGGUGGAAAUCUAUUAGGCAUCAAUGCAGGUGCAGGCAUCAGUCAUGGCCGCGGAGGCUGGGGAGAGGUGGGCAUGCAUUCAGGACAUCCUGCAUAUGUUCCCUAUUACGAGGCACCAAAUCAGUACUACUACUAGUUCCGCCGUCAUUACGAUAGUCAACAUAUUUCUUUUUAUAAUUAUUCUUACAAAUGAAUGGAGUUGAGUAAAGUACUGUUAUUCACAGAUCAUAUUAAAUAAAAAUAAAUAAAAAAUGCACUAAUAAACA